GUCGUCUCUCGGCACCACAUACACUCCACCGCUUCCGCUUGUCCCGGGAGCUGAAACCACUCAGGGUCCUACCACGAGAUGGGCCAUCAAGACUGCUCCUUCCCUUCUCUUCCUCGCCGCCUUCAGCUGCCUCCGCUGCUGCCUUGAGCUGCGCUAUCCUCUCAGCCUCCAAAGCUGCCUCCUCUGCAUCUGGUGAGUCUGGGAUGGUUUCAAGACUGGAAAUACUGGGGCUUCUGGAUCGAAGUGAAGUUGGGGUAGACGGGACAGAUGAUGAUGGAUAUGUCGAAAAGGUGGAGGUGCUAGAAAACGCAUCAUACGCGCGGUAAGACGGCGAUGUGGCAACUGCAGAUGGAGUAAGAGAGCCAUUGACCGGAAACGAGCCCGCGCCGGGAACAGCCAUUUGACGAAGGGGAGAGGCCGGCCGCCGUAACUUGGGAAUAGUGGCUGAAGAUGUUAAGCUCAGAGCCAGGUUGGGCGAACUGUUCCUCUCCGCAAGCUUCCGCUCAGGGUCGUGAACCGAAAUCCGGGUUGGCGAUGUGGGAAAGGCUUCGUCAACCGGCUUUCGGGGGACCCUAAUGCGGCUGGGAGAUCCUGCAGGGCUCGAAGGACGAAACUGAGGCGACAAUGAAAAGUGACCACCGCCAUUGAUUCCUGGCAUCGACUGUGUGCGCACCAUGGGCGGCGGGGCCAGGCUUGCGGCCGACCUGGAUCGCACGUGGUUGCUAGACAGCGGCGAGGAUGCACGAGGACGGUAUGUGAGCAAAGACCCAGGUGUCCAUGUUGGAGAGAUUGGUGAGGACGAAGGUGAGGGAUCGGUCGAUCGGCGGAUCGUGGGAGGCUUUCGCAGGUAGUCGAAUUCCGGAGGGCCGACUGGCGUCAACGUAGAUGGAGUCGCCGAAGCAGAAGACGACGCUCUUGAUGAGGGGAGAGACGUGGGCCGAAACUCCUCCAUUCGCUCUGUCUCAGGAACGGGUUCCAUGGUGAAUUGCUUGACUGAGGAUUCUGUUGUUCUAGUCGUGGUCUGCUGAUGCCCUCAUCAAACACCGUUUAUGAUGACUUGGUCAGGAAACUCAUGAAGCGACACAGGGACAGCAAAGUCGAUCCGACCGAACCACCGGCUGGGAGUGGGCGUGCAACGGCCACGGCAACAGCAACCGCAAGCAAAUGUCAAUGCCUGGAUGCUUGGAUGAUGGAAUUGCUUGCAAUGCUGUUCCCCCUUGCAACCGUGGCUGUGUUGGUGAGUGUGGACUGUGGAGGGCCAGGGGAAGCUUGCUCCGGCUCGGAUUUCGGCAAGGUAUCGAUCGCAGCGACUACUUCUGAGAGCGGCGACCUGGUAGUUGUUGAAAAGAAGCUGGAAGCGGUCACCAGCGUCUCACGAAGCUGUUGCAGGAAGGACGACGGGAGAAGGAGAGACCCAAGACUCAGUCAAUCAAGACCACUGACUGCACAUGCGCUGCAGAUGCGCACUGGAAUGCAGGGAACGAAGGAUUAAGGCGGGGUCUUUACCCGGCCAGGGGUGCUGCUGGAUGCGCGGAAUGCACCAAUGGGGCAGUCGCUGGGGAACUCGAAGUGGACAAAGCCCGCGAGGGCGGGACGACUAAUCAUAACAGACCAAGAAAUAUAUGGCGCUCUGUUAGUGACCAUUCGCUGACUUUUGCUGCUUGCCUCGGUGCUCUCGUUUUGGGUAGGUAACGCAUUCAUCUCCAGGGACAACCUGAACUCGAACCAAACAUGGAACCGUCGACAUUACUGCCACAACUGCUGAAGUUGCCUCUGUCCGUGUCGACUCGAAACAACGGGUUGGGCUCUUGCGGUCUCACUCAUCACUCUCAGCCCCGGCUUUUGCACGGAUCACCAGCGUCCGUCACCUGCGUGCCUGCGUCCGUCUCGAGCCGCCGCCAGGUCCAGCUCGCCACCGGGCGAAACACUGUUGAUCCAGAACGGCACCUGCGGUUCCUUGAUUGUUUCGGGGACUGAUCAAUUUUUCGGCGUUAAACUCAACCAUGGGACGAAUAUUGCCAAGUGUGCUGCCACUCCCGUCACCUACCUAUCUCAGAGCAUCCUGAUUGAUUAUCAACGGCAAUGCAGCAAUUCAUUUUAUUCAAGUUGGACAAGACAUUCACCAAACAAUAGCAAAACAUCUGAACACGAAUAUAUGGAUUACUAUGCUCGUCGAUAGCGGUCAAUGGCAGCCAACGGCCAUCCAUACAGAGUACACACCGCUUUCUUAACUCCAGGUUGCUCAUGCACGACUUGUUUUCAGGUCCGAUAUACCAUCUGCAUCUUGGCAUUUCUUCUACCAGUCGUGGCCACCUCUCAUCCACAAGUCACAGCAUACGUAGCGGCAAAGCUGUUUUUCGCCAUCUCCACCCCCGCAUUUUAGUGAUGGUGUGUUCGCCGGGGAAGCGCGGAGAGAUCCACCCGGCCGGAUAUAACAUCCGAACCGCUCAUGGACCGUGCUUUCGGCAGUCCUUCCGGUGGUCUUCCGGCCGCAACAUGACGGAAUGACGGGACGCUGCGGUCCGGUGCCAAGGAACCUGUUGGUUCGAAACUUCAUUGGCUCUCCACAGCUGAUGUUGCCAUUGUCACCUUGUCUCAGCGCCUGUCAGACGCUUACCACAAGCUCUCCCUCGUCCUUUGGCUCUUCUUCUAUCUCAAAGCAUUAAAUACACUGGAUGGUUAUUCGAGAAGUCUCGGACUGGCACAUGUUGUAUCAGGGCAUCUGCAAUAUCGCGGGUACCUUGCCUCAGGCGCGCUCUGCCUUGAUCUGAUCUUGAACAUUCAACUUGUGUUGUCAACUCGAACACAAAAUCCGCCCAUGCUACCUAUCCGUUCCAGGAUGUUGAUCACUUGGCACUGUUCUACAGCAUUGGUUGUUGGUUCUGUCAAAGACCAGGCAACCGUUUGAGGUGCAGUACGAACAACCCAAAUGGGACAUAUCGUUGGUGGACGCGCGGCCAUCAGCAGUAUUGCAUCUAGAUGCAGCAUCUAAACCAUUCAAGCCCUACCAAUACUCUCAGGAACCUGGUGAUGCUGUACCGCAAAGAAGAUCCGGGGGCGUGAACCCCUGUCAACAACAUGCAAGGCCGUUCAGAGCCGCGUCACUUUGUGAGAUGGGCAGUUGGCAUUGAUAGCCAUACUGAAGAUAUACGAGGUUUAAGGGGCUGGGCAGUUCAUCGAGGACUUCAGGUUAUUAGUACAUAAGCUUAUGGCAUGUCCAGACUACCCUUGAGCCGGGCGUCUGGGAGAGCCGGUGAUAAGGUAGAUCGGUGACAAUGGCAGCAACAUCUCUUCGGGACUUUUUCCGACAGGUGAAAGCCAUCACCAAGAAGAACCUCGUUCUCCUAGUCACACGGCACUGGAUAUCGACUCUUCUUCAAUCCAUUGUGGCUCCUAUCGUCGUUCUCGCCCUCGUACUCAACAUCCGAAACUUUGCCAAAAGCAGGGAACGCCUGGGGGUCGGCCAUGCUCGUCCUAUUCGUGCCCUCGCCGAAGCCAUACCCGCUUCACAACAAUUGAUUCUUGUCAGACCUGAUUUUCUCGGCUCUGAUGUCGACACGGUCAUCGACAGACUCGCCGCCUCGCUACCCAACGACAAGACCAUUCGCUUCAACUCGGCUAAUGAAGCCAGAGGCCACUGCACACCCAACUUUCGAGGAGUGUCCAACUGCUACGCAACUAUUGUCUUCAAAGAUUCACCGCUGACAGUGGGCGUUUCCAACAACCAAACAUGGGACUACACAGUCAUCGUCGACCCCAUACGCCACUACGGUAUGACUCUCGACAGCAGCGUGUAUGACGAUGAUAAUGCCAUCCAAAUAUACCAUCUACCUGUCCAGCUUGCUGUCGACAAUGCUAUUACCGAUAGCAAUGAGAGACCGAGGGAGUGGGCAUACAGCCGGACGUCCCAGCAGUACCUCAACGACAACCUUGACGCUUGGUAUUCCAGAUUGGUCAUCGGGACCUACGCCAUUGUCUUCUUCCUCAGCACGCUUGUCCCUGUUUACCAUACUGUGAGCUUCGUGUCGGGCGAUAGGGCGAGUGGCACGGCAGAGUUGAUCGAUGCCAUGGGAGGAGGUCCGGCUGGCCGUGUCACCGGUACCAUACUUGCACUGAGUGUGGUGCAGUUUCCGACAUGGCUUAUCUCUGGGUGUCUUUAUCAAAAUCUACUCUUUCCCGAAACCAACGCAGCAGUUCCCAUCUUUUGGCAGCUUUUCAGUGGUCUGGCCUUCCUCAACGCUGCCAUUUUUGGUGCCUCCUUUUUCACGAAGCGCAUCAUCUCUAGCAUAUUCGUCAUCAUCUGUUUCUGUUGCCUCGGAGGCGGUGCCGCCAUCAUGUUGAAUCGGGUCGCCGAAACGCCACAGGUGCUUCCUCUGUCGCUGUUGUUCCCCCAGAUGAACUACAUCUUUUCCCUGUCACAUAUGGCCAAGUUUGCUUAUACCGCUCAGCCUGUGAACAUGUCGCAAGCCAUCCUGACAAUACCUCAAGAAUGGAAUGGCCAGCCAAUUCCGGGUGGGAACUAUCAGGUCGCCCUUUGGACAUUCUGGGUUUUCUUGGUGAUCCAAAUCAUGGUCUAUCCCAUCCUGGCCAUCAUCACCGAGCGGAUCUUGCACGGUACCAACUUCAAAAAUCGGACUCUGUCUGAGGCGGCUGAUGACCCAACUGUUGCUAUUCGAGCAACUGGUCUCACCAAAGUCUACUCUGGCUCGUGGAUCAGGAGACUGUUUGGCUGCGGUCAAAGAGGCAAAACCUUCAAAGCUCUCGAUGGAGUUGACUUGGUCGCGCCAAAGAAUCAAAUUCUAUGCCUCCUUGGUGUCAAUGGGGCAGGCAAGUCUACGACUCUAGACUUGCUAUCGGGGGCUGGAGCACCAACGGCAGGAUCAAUCACUAUUAAUGCUCGUCACCCUCGACUCGGCGUUUGCCCGCAGAGAAAUGUCUUGUUCAACCGCCUCACAGUCUUUGAGCAUGUCCAAUUUUGGCGCGAGCUCAAAGGCGGACUUGAAGACAAACGAGCGCUUCAUGACCUCAUCGCUGCCUGCGACCUGACCAAGAAGACACACUGUCGGGCUGGCACGCUGAGCGGCGGUCAGAAAAGAAAGCUUCAGCUCGCCUGCAUGUUCGUUGGUGAUACGACUGUCUGUAUGAUGGAUGAGGUCACAACCGGUUUAGACCCUGUUUCUCGACGGACUAUCUGGAACAUCAUUCUGGCUGAGCGUUCCAAGAGAUCGAUGGUCUUCACAACUCAUUUCCUGGACGAAGGCGAGGUUCUCGCUGAUCAUAUCAUCAUCCUGUCCAAGGGCCAGAUCAAAUGUCGAGGCACCGGAACCGCUCUCAAGAAUCAGCUCGGCGGGGGGUAUCGGGUGAGCAUUCCCAUGGGUGGAAGCACGAUGGCGGACAAGCUGGACCUCGAUGCGCCAAGAGGCAUCCAUCAAGACCGGAUUCUCUACAAGACACCCGACUCCAAGUCCGCCGCUCAGUUGAUCGCCAGACUGGAAGCAGCAGGACAGACCGACAUCCAGGUUGCCGGACCGACAGUAGAGGAUGUGUUUCUCCGGGUUGCCCAAGACGAUAUCGCUGCGGUUGAAGAGGACGGCAAGAAGGUUUCAAGAACAGCGGUCGACAUCGAGAAGACGGCAUCAUUCACACCGGCACAACAAUAUCAACAACUCAGCUUCGGCCAGCGCCCAACUUUCUUUCAACAAGUCCGCGCGCUUCUCCUCAAACGCCUUCUCAUCAUACCCCGAUAUUGGAUCGGGGCUUUCCUCGUUCUUGCUCUUCCGAUAGCCUGCAUGCCCCCGAUCAACGGGUUCAUCGCCCAGGACUUCACCCGGCCGGGCUGCAAGAAUCUAUACGCCGAACUCCAACCCUCGCAACAGUUCGAUCCUUAUGUUUCCCCUGUUUACAUGACAAGCUCCACUGGCCUGAGCUCGGCCAUGGGCCCGAGUUCGUUCACAGACACCUUUUAUACUGUCCUCAGGGACUUUCCCAUCGGCAACCCCCCCGCCCCUAACAUCAGCGACCAGUAUCCCGUAUGGAGUGAGCCCUAUUCUAUUGAUCAAUUUGGCGACGACUGGCAACAGAUGACGCAAUGGGAAGACUUUUCGGCCUACAUCCACCUGGCACAUGCCAGAGGCUUUUCUGGUCAUUGGAACACAAAAGCGUUGUGGAUGGGUGGAGACGGUGAGCCCAGCCCGACGCUGGCCUGGGCAAUCGAGAAUGCACAACACCCCCCUAAUAUAAUGGCGCUUUUGAACUUGUAUUCUUCGGUGAGGAGCGGGGUCAAGAUCCGAGUCUCGACAUCGGCGGAGCCGUUUUAUGGCGGGGGCUAUGGUGAUGGGAGUUGGACGUACAUUCUCUACGCCGCGUUCAUCUUCACGGUGUACCCGUGCUUCUUCGCGCUGUACCCGGCCUUUGAGAGGUCGAGCAAGGUCAGGGCGCUACAGAUUUCGAACGGGGUGCGGCCGCUGCCGAUGUGGACGGCGUACUUUUUGUUUGAUCUGUGCUUUGUUUUGGUGGUGUCGAUUGCGUACACUGUGACCAUUUCGAUGCAGUUUCCGGUGUGGUUUGGGCCGGAGUACAUGUUCAUUAUUUGUCUUUUGCAUGGCAUCACGAGCAUCUUCGUCAGCUACAUUGUGUCGACGUGGGCCAAGUCUCAGCUGUCGUCGUUUCUGUGGGCACUGGGAUUCAACUUGCUGGCGUAUUUUGGGCUGGCGUUGGCGUAUACUCUACCCUCUGUCUUGAGCGAUCCGCUUGUUGUACAGCGAAAUGCCGACGUUAUCUCCCAUGUUCUAGGCAUCUUCUUCCCAGCCGGCAGUUUGUUUCGCGCCAUGGCCGUCGGAUGGAAUUUGUACCAGCUCGGCUGCCGCGGUGAUUCGGACUUUCAAGCACCUGCUGGAUCGUGGUGGGGGUACGGCUUUCCCAUCUGCUACCUCGUUCUUCAGGUGAUUGCCUUUGCCUUCAUUCUCUGCGUUCUCGACAAAGACCUCUCUCUUUCUUUGAUGCCCUCACGGAAAGAGAAGACUUCACCCGUGACCGACAACACCGCUGCAACACUCCCCUCCCACCAAGAAGAAAAGCUGCAGCCCAGCCUCAACUCCACCCCUGCCGAAAAUGAGCUCCUUUCCAUCUCCCACAUCAGCAAAUCAUUCGGCACCAACACCGCCGUCUCCGAUGUAACUUUCUCCCUCUCCCAGGGCGAGAUCAUCGCCCUCCUCGGUCCCAACGGAGCAGGCAAAACCACAGUCGUCAACCUCAUCCGCGGCGAACUCGCCCCCGACAGCGGCCAAGUCUUCCUCCGAGGCGAGGACAUCUCCUCCUCUUCCUCGGCCAAAUCAACCAUCAACUCCGCCAUCGGGGUCUGUCCCCAGUUCGACGCCUUGGACCUCCUCACCGCCCGCCAGCACCUCCGCUUCUACGCCAAAAUCAAGGGCAUCCCCCCCAGCGAAACCGAACUCAACGUCACAGAGGUGAUGAACCAAGUUGGCUUGACCCCCUACGCGGAUAAGCUUGCCACCAAGCUCUCCGGUGGAAACAAGAGGAAGCUGUCGUUGGCUAUCGCUCUGAUGGGCAACCCUGCCGUUUUGGUGCUCGACGAGCCGAGCAGCUCCAUGGACGCAGCCGCCAAGAGGAAGAUGUGGAAGGUGCUUAGCCAUAUCGCUUCUGCACCUGGAAGGUCGCUGCUGUUGACCACACACAGUAUGGAAGAGGCUGACGCGUUGGCUACGAGGGCGGCGAUUUUGGCUGGGGGAAAAUUACUCGCGUUGGGAACGACGGAGGAGCUGAGACGGGAAUACAGUGACAGUGUCUGUGUCCAGCUGGUCCUCAAGUCAGCACCUACUCCUACCCAGAAAGAAGUCGAAACGGUGGAGCAAUGGGUGAGGGGGCAGUUUGGAGAGGGGACGGUGUUUGAAGGUCGGAGCUUGGGCGGGCAGGUGAGGUUUGUAGUGCCGAGUUUGUUUGUUUCGGCGGCGCCUUCCAGGGCGGCGACUGUUACUGGCAAGGACGAUGAGCGGGAUAGUGUCUCUGCUGUGAGCAGCAAGACGGAGCAGCAGGUUGUGAAGGGGGGGGUGGGGAGGUUGAUUGAGCUGAUUGAGGAGAGCAAGGAAAGGUUGGGGCUGGAGGAUUACACUGUGGGCGCGCCGACGUUGGAGAGGGUGUUUUUAAGUGUGGUGAGGGAUAAUUUUGUGGAGGAGGAUGGGAAGGUGAGGGUUCCGUUUUGGAGGAGGUGGUUUGCGAAGGCUGCUUGAGGGGUGGUGAUGGGCACGUUGGUGAUACCCGUUUAGAGUGGAGGUGUGGAAACAGAGACAAGAGUUAAAGGAUAGAAAAGCACUACAAGUAGACACUCUCUAGUUAUUUUCUAUGUAGCAACUCAUCAAGAAACGCAACAUUUUGUUUAUU